GUGUAUAACCGGGACACCCCAGUGUAGUCAAGCACGGUCCUGUGGCUUGGAGUAGUGGAGGCCGCUGUCGCGCUUUGCUUCUGUCUUUGUUGCUCGGCUAAGAGAGAAUUGUGCUUUUUCCUGUUGCCCCUUUCUUCCGUCGCGUUGGGUUAGUUAACAGUUGCUGUAUUCCGUUAUUGGCCUUCCCACUUUCUUCUUCAGGGCUUUUCCAUUCCACAAACAUUUUAGGAUCUUCCUUGCUAUUUUUCUCCUCUUGUUUUUCGUUUGCUCUCGUUCAAACAACUUUUUUUUAUUGAGAAGAAUGAAAUACUCCUAUAGGAAGUAGACCGUCUUACCUAGAAACAUCUAGCCGAGCUUACCUGAUCUCAGACAGCUAAGGUCGAACCUGAUCAGUACUUGGAUGGACGACCUCCUGGGAAGUCUAGGGCUGCGGGCUAAAUUAGGACAUUGGAAAAAACAUCCUGGAAGAAGACAAUGGCAAACCACUUCUGUGAUGUUAUCAGGGUCUUAAAGAAUUGGGAAAUCUUUCACAUUGUUACAUAAGUAUCAGGGCAAAAGCUGCCAGAGGUGGAAGAGGUGGAUUGCUUCCUGGUCAUGCCCGGUGGAAGGAGGGGACCCAGCCGGCAGCAACUAAGCCGUUCAGCCUUGCCUUCUCUUCAGACAUUGGUUGGUGGGAACUGCGGCAACGGCACUGGUCUGAGAAAUAGGAAUGGUAGUGCUCUCAGCCUCUCUGCUCCUCCUAUUACUGCCCUGAUUACUCCUGAGCCUGUGAGACACUGCCGAAUCCCAGAGCUCCCUGUGGAUGGAAACCUUCUGUUUGAGUUCCUCUUUUUCAUCUACUUGUUGGUGUCUCUCUUCAUUCAAUAUAUUAAUAUUUACAAGACCGUCUGGUGGUAUCCAUAUAACCACCCUGCCUCCUGUACAUCACUGAACUUUCACCUCAUUGAUUACCACUUGGCUGCAUUCAUCACAGUGAUGUUGGCACGGAGGCUAGUAUGGGCCCUCAUCUCUGAGGCCUCGCAAGUGGGAACUUCAAUGAUUCACGAUAUGGCAUUGAUUCUGGCACGCCUAGUUCUACUCACUCUUUGUGUAUGGGUGCUCUGCUGGACUCUGGUCAACCUCUUCCGUAGCCAUUCGGUCCUCAAUCUCCUUUUUCUUGGCUACCCGUUUGGUGUCUAUGUUCCAUUGUGCUGCUUCCACCAAGAUAGUAGAACCCAGCCUCUUUCAACAGACUGCAGCUAUUUAGUGCAGGAUCAACUAGUGGAUGAUGGUGCCUCAGGGGUUGGCAGUCUUGUGAAGCCCAAAGAUUUGUUUUCUCUCCUGAGAGAAUCUGUCAAAGAACAGUUCAACCCUUCUAUGACCACUCCAACACAUAGCUGUCCCUUGUCCCCAGAUCUCAUUCGCAAUGAAGUGGAGGGCCUCAAAGCAGACUUCAACCGCCGAAUCAAGGAAGUUCUGUUCAAUUCCCUCUUCAGUGCCUACUAUGUGGCAUUUCUGCCACUGUGCUUUGUGAAGAGCACUCAGUAUUAUGAUAUGCGCUGGUCAUGUGAGCACCUCAUCAUGGUUUGGAUCAAUGCUUUUGUCAUGCUAACCACACAACUGCUUCCUCCCAAGUAUUGUGACUUGCUACACAGAUCAGCUGCUCACUUGGGCAAGUGGCAGAAGCUGGAACAUGGUUCAUAUAGUAAUGCCCCUCAACACAUCUGGUCUGAGAGCACAAUAUGGCCACAAGGGGUGCUGGUACGGCAUAGUCGAUGCUUAUAUAAAGCAGUGGGACCUUAUAAUGUAGCAGUACCUUCAGAUGUCUCCCACGCUCGUUUUUAUUUCCUCUUCCACCAUCCAUUACGGCUCCUCAAUCUACUGAUUCUCAUAGAAGGCAGUGUGGUCUGUUAUCAACUCUACUCCCUGCUUCGCUCAGAGAAGUGGAACCAUACGCUCUCCAUGGCCCUGAUACUCUUCUGCAACUAUUAUGUCUUAUUUAAACUCCUGAGGGACCGAAUAGUAUUGGGCAAGGCAUACUCUUAUCCACUCAACAGCUAUGGGUUAAAAGCCCAUUAGUCAUCUGAGGAAGGGAAGGAUAUUUUCAUACAGUUAUAUUUUUUCCUUGCAACUGUUUAUAAAUAUUUAAAAAAAUAUUUUAUAUUUUGUAUACUACUGUUUUUUGUGGGGUAGGGAAGGGCCAAGUGGCAAUUAAAUGUCGCUUUAUAAACAAGGUUAUUUUAUAUAAAGACAUCAUUGUGUAUAUACUGUAUAUCAACAUAUAUCUAUGUGAAGCAAGAGCAUUGUAUGUGUGGUCACUCUUAUCUACUGUGCAUGCAGGUUAGCCAUCAUAAAACUGUUAGUUUUAUGUAUAGGACUUACCUAUUUGUUAUACAUCUAGCCAAAGGGUGGCCAUUUCUUACAGCUGUUGUAGACAAGACAUGUGCAACUUCCUGGGUCCCUUUUUAUGGUCACUGAUUUUUUUAAAGAACAUGCCAUCAAAAAACCUUGCCAAAAUUGGUAUUUUUAAAGCAUAAAAAUGGUAAUGGUAUGCUUCAGGUUUUUUUUAAACCUCUCUCACAUAACAGAGCGCUCCAGCACCCUCAGAUUUAAAGAAUAGUUUUCUGAACCCCUUCAAGUAGCAUAAAUAGAGCAAUAAAAUAAAAUAUUAUUCAACAUCACAUGGCGCAGUAGGCAAGAUCAUUUGAUUUUGCACAUUAUUGAACUAUAUUCUCAAACUGCAUGUGAUGUCCAGCUUGCAUGGGAUUCCUCAGUAGGCAAGGAAGGAAGUGAAACUAAUUAAACAUACGUCCUGUAUUGCUAUUUCUAUUUUCUACUGCAUCCUCAAAGGCUGUUUUGCAUUUUAUAUACAAUUGGAAUUUUAAAAGA